AGCUGCUAUUCGAAGAUACGGUACUGGAAGGAGGCUCCUGUUACUGUGAAGAUCACGUACAAUACACGUCACUGCGUUUGCCAGUAAAGGAGAAACAUUAUAAGAAUAUCUGACAAAUUCAGUUGCUGAACAAGACAAUGUCUGACAAGACCGAGACCCAAACCUCAGACCUUCCUGAUGCACACGGAGGGCGUCUAGAGGAAAACCCGGGCACUGGGCUAUUAAAUGUGAAGGAAGAGGAUGAGACAGAUGACAUGAAUAGUCAUCAGACUGAAAUACAUUGCUCCCUCCCUGCCGAUGUGGAUAACGCUGAUAUAGUGAAAGUUGAGAUAACAGAAAAUUUGUGUGUGAGGCGUCAGCAAGAAGCAUCAGAUGUGGAAACCAGUGCCAGUAUUAGCCCAAGCCAUAUGGAUGUGACGCCCUUAGAUAGCGAUAGCUCAGCGGUUGACCACAGAGGAGAACCAUAUGUAUCUAAUCAAGUGAAGACUGAGGAGGAUGAAGUUCCUAUAAAUACGGCUACAGGUGAUGUUAAGACUGAAGUCACAAUUAAUGCUGAACAAACAAAUGAUCUGUAUGUAAAGAGUCAGCGUGAAGCUGUGAAGCAGGAAAUCAGUGACAAUAUCAGUACAGGUGAAUUCACAAACAGCUGUUAUCCUUGUCAUGGUCAAGGUGCAGAUGCUUCUUUCAGUCUUCUCCAAAAUCAAAGAAACCCCAUAGAAAAUGUAUGUUCUGAAUAUGGGAAGUGCUUCACAGAGAAAUCGUCUAUUUUUGAGCAUCUGAAAUCUCAUACAGGAAAUAAAGCAUUUCCAUGUUCUGACUGUAGCACAUGUUUUACUCAAAAUUCAGAUCUUAUUAAUCAUCAGAAAAUUCAUACAGGAGAGAAAGCAUUUUCAUGUUUUGAAUGUGGGAAAUGUUUUACUUGGAAAUCAUAUCUUAUUAGGCAUCACAAAGUUCACACAGGAGAAAAAGCAUUUUCAUGUUCUGACUGUGGGAAAUGUUUUACUCAGAAAUCAUCUCUUAUUACACAUCAGAAAAUUCAUACAGGAAAGAAAGCAUUUUCAUGUUCUGAAUGUGGGAAAUGUUUUACUUUGAAAUCAUAUCUUAUUAGGCAUCACAAAGUUCACACAGGAGAGAAAGCAUUUUCAUGUUCUGACUGUGGGAAAUGUUUUACUCAGAAAUCAUCUCUUAUUACACAUCAGAAAAUUCAUACAGGAGAGAAAGCAUUUUCAUGUUCUGAAUGUGGGAAAUGUUUUACUCAGAAAUCAUGUCUUAUUACGCAUCAGAAAAUUCAUACAGGAGAGAAAGCAUUUUCAUGUUCUGACUGUGGGAAAUGUUUUACUCAGAAAUCAUGUCUUAUUACACAUCAGAAAAUUCAUACAGGAGAGAGAGAAUUUUCAUGUUCUGACUGUGGGAAAUGUUUUACUCAGAAAUCAAAUCUUAUUGAACAUCAGAAAAUUCAUACAGGGGAGAAAGCAUUUUCAUGUUCUGUCUGUGGGAAAUGUUUUCCUCGGAAAUCAGAUCUCAUUCUGCAUCACAAAUUUCAUACAGGAGAAAAAGCAUUUUCAUGUUUUGAAUGUGGGAAAUGUUUUACUCGGAAAGCAGAUCUUAUUAAGCAUCACAAAAUUCACACAGGAGAAAAGGCAUUUUCAUGUUUUGGCUGUGGGAAAUGUUUUACUUACAAAUCAAAUCUUAUUGAGCAUCAGAAAAUUCAUACAGGAGAAAAAUCAUUUUCAUGUUCUGAAUGUGGGAAAUGUUUUACUCGGAAAUCAUAUCUUAUUAUGCAUCACAAAAUUCACACAGGAGAAAAAGCAUUUUCAUGUUCUGACUGUGGGAAAUGUUUUACUUGGAAAUCAAUUCUUAUUGAACAUCAGAAAAUUCAUACAGGAGAAAAAGCAUUUUAGUGUUCUGAAUGUGGGAAAUGUUUUACUCAGAAAUCAAAUCUUAUUAGGCAUCACAAAAUUCACACUGGAGAAAAAGGAAUUUUCAUGUUCUGACUUUGGGAAAUAUUUUACUCAGAAAUCAAAUCUUAUUGAUCAUCUGAAAAUUCAUACAGGAGAGAAAGAACUUUCAUGUUUUGGCUACGUAAAAUGUUUUACUCAGGAAAUCAACUCUUAUUGAUCAUUAGAAAAUCAAUACAGGAGAGAAAGCAUUUUCAUGUUCUGAAUGUGGAAAA